AUGAGUCGCACCCCGGAUGCGAGGGCCAGAGACAACCAGACCCGGAGGAUCCAGGAGAACAUCACCGGCGUGGAGAAACACUUCGGGGAGAUGUGCCAACUGUUCGCCGCCUACGUCCGGAAGACGGCCCGGCUCCGGGACAAGGCCGACCUCCUGGUCCGGGAGAUCGGGGUGUACGCCGACACCGAGACGCCGGAUCUGAAGAGGGGCAUGAAGCAGUUCGCCGACCACCUGGCCAAGACCCGGAGGAUCCAGGAGAACAUCACCGGCGUGGAGAAACACUUCGGGGAGAUGUGCCAACUGUUCGCUGCCUACGUCCGGAAAACGGCCCGGCUCCGGGACAAGGCCGACCUUUUGGUGCGGGAGAUCGGGGUGUACGCCGACACCGAGACUCCGGAUCUGAAGAGGGGCAUGAAGCAGUUCGCCGACCACCUGGCCAAGGAGGAUCUGAGGACCACUCAGAUUGCCAGAGACAAAGAAGCCAAACAGAUGGCCCAGCUUGAGAAGACCAGACUGAGAAACCCCUCGGACAGACAGAUCAUUGCUGAAAGCGAGCUCCAGAGAGCCACCAUGGACGCCACGCGCACCACCAAGCAGCUGGAGGAGACCAUCGACGAGUUCGAGCGGCAAAAAAUCCAGGACAUCAAGAAAAUUUUAGGCGAGUUUGUGACGGUGGAGAUGUCGUUUCACGCCAAGGCUUUGGAGGUCUACACUUUGGCCUUCCAAAGCAUUCAGAGUGUGGAUGAGGAGGCAGACUUGGAGGUGUUCAGGAGUUCGCUGCACCCCCCCGACUACCAGUCACGCUUAGACAUAGUCCGAGCAAAUUCCAAAACCUCCCUUGAUCGGACCGGGUCCUUCCUGAGUACAUCAGGGACCUUACAGCGUAAGCCGUGA